AUGUCUGGAAACAUUAGCCAUAGAAUCAAUCAAAACGGCAAUAUUGGUCUGGUGCAAGGUGUAAACUAUGGUGAUAAUAUUCGAUAUGAAACUCAAGCAAGCAAGUCCCUGAAACAUAUUGCACAGGAUGCACAUGAAAGGACUAAAACAGCGUGGGAACAUUCCGGAACAUGCAGCUGGCUAUUGCAGGAGACCGAUCUUCAAUCAUGGCUGAAAAUGGAUGAGGAAUAUUCCUUUCUUUGGCUUUAUGGCAUUCGAGGGUGCGGAAAAUCAACUUUGAUGUCUCGUUUAAUUGAGAGCACAUACCAGGAUCGAUUUCCGAUGAAAGGACAUGGAGCUAUACGUCUAUUGUACUUCUACAUCAGUGACGAAAAUAAUCCAGAAAGCUAUCGAAACAUGUUGAUGACAUUUUGGGACCAAGCGGUUCUAACAACCGAAGAACGAUCGACCCAUACUUUCGGAAAUAAUCGUGAUACACAGUUUCUUGAGACCAAGCUACAUGAACUGCUGGUUUCCUUGAAACGCGAUAUAUACAUCUUCAUUGAUGCUGUGGAUCAACUUUAUUCACAUUCUCGCUAUCAAAUGAUCAUGGGACUCAACGAGAUGGUUCAAAAGUUCAAGGGGACAUCAAUCAACCGCAUCAGUGUAGCCAUCAGCUCUCGUGAUUGCGAUGGUAUGGAGAAUCUACGAAAACACAAACUGUUUCCGAUUGAAGUUACGGCGGAGAAAAGUAAAGGAGAUAUCGCAACUUACCUGUCGAAAAAUCUCCAUUCAGCAGUCUUACGGCGCACAUCUAAGCUUAGGCAGCAGGUUUAUGACAAAUUAAUGCAGAAAGCUGAUGGGAUGUUCUUGUGGGUAAGCUUGCAAACAUUGAAUAUCUGCAACAUGGAAAUGGAAUCACAAAUCUUAAAUGCCCUAGAAAGCCUCAUUCCACCACAAGAGAUGCAAAGACUCUACAAACGCUAUGCCGAAUACUUUGAAAACACAAAAGAACCAAUUGAGCAACAGAUAUGCCAAAGAGCGAUUGCUCUUCUAGCACAUAAUAUAGGACCAAUGCCAAAAGAGGUUCUCAUUAUAGCUGUCUCCUUGGAUGCCAAGGGGAUACCAAACCAGAAAUUAUACCAAGAACUGAACCGCAAUCCUACUAUGAUUAUUCGCUAUUGCUAUUAUUUGCUGCGCAUGAACGAAAAACUUGGAGUCUUCCAAUUCUGCCAUCAAACUGUCUUUGAGUUCUUCAGAAAAUACAAGCCAGAGAUAUACAACCAUAGGAUUGCCCGAGUCUGUUUAUCUUACUUGUGCUCGCUGGAUCUCCCUCGAGGUCUUUCGAAUGAUGCUACAUGGUUCAACCCAGGUAGUCUUGAGACAAUCCUUCAGAAGGAGCCAUUUCUAUCAUUCGCAUCUUCUAAUUGGGCUACCAGCCUUGGGAAGAGCUUCGUGCCUGAAGAUGGAAACAAUCCAGAAAUACGACAUUCUGGAAUUUUCAAUCUGUUGAAGAUACUUUUUGGCAAGGACGGAGCAGUCGAAGAGAGAGGCAAUUUGCAGCUAUCAUUUCAGAUACAUAUGCUCAAUCUGAGAAAGAAGAUACCCAAAAACAUCACCUACAUCCACAUCAUUAGCUACUUCGCUCUUUUCAGGCUGUUUGAUACUUUGAGAGAUAGGGGGUGGCUUAACCCGAAUAAAUCUGAUAUUGACGAGUUGAGGCCGAUCCACUGGGCUAUAAAGAAUGAGAGUGAUCUUGAUGGUGCUAGCCGCACUGCUAAGAAGUUGAUCGAAUAUGGCGCUGACUUCGAUGCAAAAGACAAGGAAGGUCGCAGCCCCCUGUAUUACGCGGCUUAUUACGGAAAUUCGAAAGUAAUACAGCUACUUAUAGAAAGAAAAGCUCAACUCGACUCCACAGAUAAAAACAGCGAGACAGCUUUAAUUGCUGCUUGCAGAAAACAUCAUGAGGCUAUUAUAAGGGUUCUCGUCGAGGCUGGAGCAGAUGUGAAGAUUAAAAGCCUUUUCGGUACUGCCCUUCACUUCAUUUCCUCUAUUGGAUGUAGCCAUUGUGCUGAAACAAUACUUAAAUAUUGCGGAAAGCUCAGGAAAAUUCGAAAUGACGGGCCAUUUGGAACUUCAAUGCAUGCUGCUGCAUUUAAUGGUCACUCAAAUCUGGUUAAACUCUUUUGCUCACAAGGAAUGUCUGUUCGUGUAGCAGAUAGAACAUACGGAAGCCCGGUGACAGCCGCAGUUGCGGGGCUUAACCCCGGCCUGGACCCAGCCCCGUUCGUGGAGAUCAUUCAGGAACUGAUCAGAAAUGGGGUGAAUAUCAAUGACCAAAGCGGUGAACUAGGACCAGCUCUUCGUAUAGCAGCAUAUCAUGGUUAUCCAAAUAUUGUGCGUCUGCUCUUAGAAAAAGGUGCCAAGGUCCGCAAAGCCACUGGACCGAUGGGUACGGCUUAUGAUGCUGCAUCAGACCGCGGACACGAUGAAAUCAUGAAACUUUUGUUGGGCAGCGAUCCAAAUGCUGCAGACUACGCUGGCUUAUCUGCCUCCAAAGCUCAUGAUCAGCAACAAAUCCAACGCAAAUUGUUCAAAAGCGCUGUCCAAGCAAGUAGUAUGGAUACAAUCAACAAGCUCAUUGACCAGUUUGUUAUUCUCUUUGGAAAUGAAAUCAGAAAGGGUGAAACCACAUUUCUUAAGCGGCUAGCAAAACUUGCCGAAAACGUCUUCGAAGACGUGACAACAUUGGCAACAAAGAUCCACGAUGAUUCCGAUACACCCAAGAAAAAAAGACACUUUGGCCGCAGACAUUUUCAUCGAGACAGGCUGUUUAGCAUUUUGUGUAUGGGGUUAGCACGCAAAGAUUUCGAAGAUGAUGAUCAUGAUUCAACCUCAGCAAUGAGGCAUGCUAGUGAAGCGUCUCCCGGUUAUCGCGGAGCUGCGACUAAUCUGGCCCAAAACAGUUUUGAAGAGCAUUUCCCACAAGUCCUGAAUCUACUGACUCAAGCUGCAGUGAAGAUCCUGGAGAAUGCUAUUGAGAAUAAGGAUAGAGCUGUGAUUAGGCUAACUGCCAAUACAUGGAUUGAUGGAUUGAACAACCUUGUCUCCUAUCCUGUUUUUGGGCAGUUUAUGUUGACUAAAGUGGUUCAGAGGCGUGCGGCUGAACUCAAGCAACACUUGAUCGACCCAGACUUGAGCCCAGAUGAAAGAUUUAAGAAAGCCGAGGCUCUAGCUCUUGUGGGCAUUGAACUACUUUUGACAGCCGUUGGGCGCGGCCAGAAGUUCAAGCACCUGUCCUUUGUUAUUUCUAAGCUUUGGAUCAAGGCUAUUAACGAUGUCGAGAGCCUGGGUGAAGCAGGGAAGGCACCAAUAAAAGAGUUCAUACGAGCUUUUGUGGAGCGGUUCUCAGAAGCAGUCACAAACAAAGAUCAAAUCAACGCCGAAACAUGUUCAAAGGCUGGGAUAGAGAUCAUGAGAGCAGUAUCCAUUGAUAAGAAUGAGACCUUACUGGAGAAUCUGAGUAAUGAAUGGGUGAUACAAUGGACUAUGGCUAUUCAAAAAAAUAUGGAAUAUGUAGUCAAAGAGCCAAUCCACCAAAUGUUGAAAGAUUACCAAGAAUGCCUAAAGGACAACAAGUACAACGAAGGUAUUGGUCUCGCAAUUACAGGUAUUGCAGUUCUUCGCUCGGCUUUCAAGCAAAAAGAAAGCCCAGCAGCAUUGGUACUCCAGCCUUUCAUCGAAGAUGGCUUUGAAUUGACGCAAAAAUUUCUUGCACGGUGUGAUACACCUACUGCUGCGGAAAAUUUGAAAUCAUUUCCGGUUGAGAUUCAGGAUCUAAGAGCUUUGCUUAACUCCAUUAUCAGCUUGCUUGCGAUAGAAGAGAUACAGCACCACCGCUUAUCAGUGAGGCCUUUGGUUUCGCAGAUUCUUGAUCUCGCACAAGUUACUGUAGACUAUCGCUCUCAAGAACUUUCUCAAGCUUUUACCCAGUGUGUUGAAGAGGCCGAUCAAAUCUUCUUUCCCCUUGAGCAAGAUGAGCGACUCCUUCAGAUUGCUAGAACAGUUUUUUGUUUACUUGAGGUGGCGUUAUAUAAGAAAGAGAAAUAUUCCAAUGUUUUGUCAAUACUGAGAGGGGCGGCUCUGAAUGGUAUGAUUAGGGUAUCGACUUUCAUCGGAAGUGGUCGAUUGGUAGAAUAUGAUGGAGUUAUUGAGUAUCUGAACCUUUAUUAA